AGAAACUAUGGUUCAGACGAGAGUACCAUGAGGCCAUGAACCUCUUCUCCCAGACUGGACGUCUGCAGUCUGCACUCUGCACCCCCGUGCCAAUCCCGUUUCUAUUCAGUCGGUUCCCCUCUCCCCCAAGCCAAACACCACCAUCCUUCCCUCCCUCCCUACGCAUCCUCUCCCCCUCGACGCUUUCCCCACCCAAUCCGACCGCCGGGGCGGGCGAUUCCCUGGAGAUUCGGCGCGGAUUCGGGGCUCCUCUCGGGGUUUCUCGGCGAAUCAGCGGGGAUCGGGACUCCCGGCUGAAGAAUCCUCUAUCUGUUUCGGUAACUGUUUGCAACAGUUUGUGUGGAGAUUGCAUACCAUCACCUUCCCUGAAGUGAAAAAUAUAUGGGCUGAUCUUGGCAUUUCAUGGGAGGUUCUGAAGAUGACGAGCCACCCUCAAAACGCGCAAGAACAUCCUCAGUAGAAUCUGCAAGUUUACCAGACUGUUUCUCGUUUUCGAAAUUUUCCAAUCCUUUGGGAAGUACAAUGGCUAGACCUUUGCCUUCCCAAGGGAAAGAAGUUAUGGUUGGUUCCAAGGGUGUUAUUAAGAAGGAGGAAUUUGUUAGGAUAAUCACCAAAACUCUGUAUAGUCUUGGAUAUGAAAAAAGUGGAGCAGUUCUGGAGGAGGAAUCAGGGAUUAUUUUACAUAACCCUAUGGUGAAACUUUUCAGAGAACAGGUGAUUGAUGGAAAUUGGGAUAAUGCGGUGGUUACCAUGAAUACAAUUGGCCUUCAAGAUGAAAACAUCUUGAAAUCUGCGGCAUUUUUGAUAUUGGAGCAAAAAUUCUUUGAACUUCUAAAAAAUGACAAUGUCAUGGGUGCUAUGAAGACUUUACGAUGUGAGAUCACACCCCUUGGUGUUAAUAGAAAAAGAGUGCAUGAACUGUCGACUUGUAUGAUUUCUUGUUCUUCACAGCAGUUGUUCCUUGGUUUUUCAAAGCUUGGAAUUGAUUCUUCUAGUUCACGGUUGAAGCUUCUAGAGGAAUUGCAGAAGGUGCUUCCUCCAGCUGUUAUGGUGCCAGAGAGGAGGUUAGAAAAUUUAGUUGAGCAAGCACUUACUGUGCAAAGAGAUGCUUGCUAUUUCCAUAAUUCUGUUGAUGGGUUGUCACUUUACAUUGAUCAUCACUGUGGGAAAGAUCAGAUACCAUCUUGCACGCUACAGGUUUUGCGUGCACAUCACGAUGAAGUGUGGUUUAUUCAAUUCUCAAAUAAUGGAAAGUAUUUAGCCUCAGCGUCAAAUGAUAAAUCUGCAAUUAUAUGGGAGGUUGAUGAGGAUGGAGAGCUAUUACUGAGGCAUACAUUGAGUGGCCAUCAAAAGUCAGUGAUGAUGGUUGCAUGGAGCCCUGAUGAUUGUCAGCUCCUCACAUGUGGGCAGGAAGAAACCAUCCGACGCUGGGAUGUUAAAUCUGGCAAAUGUCUUCAUGUUUACGAGAAGUCUGCCACUGGUUUGAUAUCAUGUGCUUGGUUCCCAGAUGGAAAGCAAUUAUCUGGUUUAGCUGAUCAAAACUUUUGCAUUUGGGAUUUAGAUGGUAAGGAAGUAGAUUGCUGGAAAGGGCAGGGAUCAACAGGAACAUCUGAUUUUGCUGUAGCAAAAGAUGGAAACCUUAUAAUAAGCAUGAGCAAGCAGAACACAAUUCUUCUAUUUGAUAGGGAGACAAAACAGGAGAGAAUAAUUGAAGAGGGUAGUACAAUUACUUCAUUUUGUCUAUCAGAAGACGGUGAUUUCCUGCUUGUAAAUCUUGUAAGCGAAGAGAUUCAUUUGUGGAACAUAAGAAAUGAUCCUGUUCGUGUCAACCGGUACAAUGGUCAUAAGCGCACCCGGUUUGUGAUAAGGUCUUGUUUUGGCGGAUUUGAGCAGGCGUUCAUUGCUAGUGGGAGUGAAGAUUCACAGGUCUACAUAUGGCAUAGAGCCACUGGCGAUCUCAUUGAGACUCUUGCUGGUCACUCGGGCACAGUCAACUGCGUCAGUUGGAAUCCUGCGAAUCCCCACAUGCUCGCCUCAGCGAGCGACGAUCACACAGUUCGUAUAUGGGGGGCAAAGAAGUCCAGUCUUAAGCGCAAGGAUGUUGGGAGCAGCAAUUGCAACAGUAACGGUUCUCGCUCGAAUGGCAAUGCACAUAACAACGUUUUCGUUCAAAAGUGCAACGGGAACAACACCAAAUGAUUUGCCAGGGCAAUGUAUCCCCAUGGAUGGUUGACUGGCGUCUGUAAAUCCCCCUGUCCUUUACUUCCCUCGUGGAAGAAGAAUCGCCACCGCCAUAGUUAAGACAACAACAACAAAGCUGCAGCACAAAGUGUGGGGAACCUGCUAGGUUUCGUGCGCUAUCUUUCCCUUGUUCCUUCAUGACUGUCAUCACAUGUAUUUCUUAAUUCAAGCUGGGAUGGAAUUAUGGUAUUACUUUGCAUCUUUGAUAUCUUGAUUUGCCCUCUCUGAUUGAUUGUAACUGCAUUUUGGUGGUGAUGGUUGUUAACUCCUCUUAUUGCA